AUGUCAGCAACGGCUAAGCAGAUCGAAGCUCAGCGCGAGAACGCCGAGAUCCACCACGGCUCGGCGGCGUGCAGGCAGAAGUUUCUAGAACUGCUGGAGGAAUUCUCGGUGCCGCUGUGCGUGUUUCUGAUGACCGAAGUGGAGGGCGCGGAGCUGGUGGAGUUCGGCUUCAACCGCGCCACCGGCUUCUUCUGGCUGCGGCAGAAGGCCAAGACCCAGCGCAAGAUGAGCAAGACUUCCACGCUUUAUUACGACGUCGAGGUCACCGGCUUCAUUGAGGAGCGCCGCCUCUCCCAGAUCGUCGGAGUUAAAGGGAAGGAGUUGCUGGUUAAGCUUCCCAUCUGUGAGAUUAUUGUUGGCUAUCCCACCGCCGAUAAGGUCAAAUGCGUCGCCGCCGCCGGCAUGUCCCGCGUCAGCCCCCUCACCGACUACCAAAACGCCGCCAAAUAG